GGUGGUAAUUUCCUAUCUUGUUGUGCUUCGGUAAUUUUGUUCUUUGAAACAGAAUUUAGAAUCAUAUAUUAAUGCAACACCAGACUUGUUAAUUCUGUUUUAAAUUUAUUUCUAGAAUUAUUGAAGAGCGUUUAAUCAGACUUUGGAGAAACAGAUCUAAUUAGUUUGCCAGAAAUGGUGUUUUUUACGUGUAACGCAUGUGGGGAAUCUCUGAAGAAGGGACAGGUGGAAAAGCACGUGAAUAUGUGCCGAAACUGUCAAUGUCUGUCUUGUAUGGAUUGCGGCAAAGAUUUCUGGGGUGAUGAUUAUAAACACCAUGUGAAGUGCCUAAGUGAAGAUCAGAAGUAUGGUGGCAAGAAUUAUGAAGCCAAAAUGCACAAAGGAGAUGUCAAACAGCAGGAGUGGAUUCAGAAGAUUCAUGAAGUAAUAAAGGAAACUAACAUUAACUUCAAAGUUCGAGAUAUUUUACAACAGAUGUAUGCCUAUGACAAUAUUCCAAGAAAGAAGCGCAAAUUUCAGAAUUGGAUGACCAACAGUUUGAAAAUACACAAUACUACUCUACAGGAUCAAGUAUGGGAUAUUUUUUCAGAAGCUACGAGAAAGGAAACACUUGAAACCCAAUCUGUAAAAAAUGAAAUUAUGCCUGCAGUAUCAGAAGACAAUACCAUAAAGACAGAGAAACAAAGAGAGGAGAAAAGCAAAAAGGAAUCAAAAGAGAAGAAAAGUAUCAGAAAUUCAAAAGAAAUAAAAUUAAAAGCUCAGCAAGAAAGCUUAGAAUGUCUAAAAAGUGAAAAAUCUAGGAGUGACAUUCUUGAGGAGGACAGCAUGAAAAUGCCCCAGAGCUAUUGUCUGAAGAUGGCGAAGCAGCGAGAAGCAGUUGGUCCGGCUAAACUGCAAGUGAAUGGAAACGGUCCAGAAACAGGGGCUAAGGCACGCGUGAGGAAGCGCAAGAACAGCUUCACAAAAGAUGCACAUGAAUCUCCCAUUCCCCCCAAAAUAAUGAACUACUCAGAAAUUGAAGAAAACCAAGAUAAACAUCAAGGUAAAUUCAACUGGAAAGGAACAAUAAGCGCUGUUCUGAAGCAAGCACCUGACAAUGAAAUAUCCAUUAAGAAAUUAAGGAAAAAGGUUAUAGCUCAGUAUUAUGCGGUUACAGACAACCAGCAUAAAUCUGAAGAGGAAACCCUGGCACUAUUUAAUAAGAAAAUCACCAGCAAUCCAAAAUUUAGAGUUUUAAAAGAAAAGGUUAAACUUCUAAAAUAGCUUUUAGGGGUCAAAUGAUCUGAUUUUGUACAUUGUCAGUUUUAUUAACAGAUAGAAAACUGUUUUUGUUAUAUGGAAACAAAGUAUAGCUGUAUUUGAUUACAAAUUUAUUUUCUUUUGUAUAACAUAUGAAAAUUAAAGUUAGAAAAUAAAUAUGGAUACGUUUUAUAAAAGACAAAAACUCCACUGAAGUAUUUCCAGUGUUGUUAAUAAAGAGCUACAUUUUCUGUUUGAUUUGCUCUGCAACCUCAGUGAUCGUAUGCUUUCCAAACUUUCAAGGACUGUAAUAGAAUAUUCUGAAUCUAUAAAUAUGUAAGUGCUUUUGAGAGCAGUAA